GUUUUCUGCACUGACAUUAUCUCUUUUUUGAACAUCGAUAGGAUGUCACCCAUGUACGGCGUAUGUGAAUGGGUGACAGCCGUUGCAACCUUCAUGCACAAUCGCACAGUCCACCGUCUGGUCUCAAGUACCGGGAGCCGCCACUUGUCACCUUAGCUGUCUAUUUCUACCACGUACGAAGGUUAGAUGGCCCCUUCUUUAGCGCCCUGGUUAAUUAG